AAAGAGCUCCUAACCAACAACUGCAAACCGCUCAUCUUCCAUUCUCUCUCUGUCUCUCUCUCUCUGUACAACCGACAACAGAAAACCCACCCCUUGUCUCUCUCCCCCUCUUUUUCUACCACCUGUUUUCUCUUUCUUUCUUGAAACUCCACUUGUCUUCUCUUUCCCUAUGCUUUCUUUUUCAAAUUCCGUGGGGGCUUUGUCUUAAACAAGCACGCUAACGCAGAGCAAAAAUGGGGAAGUUCAUGAGGAAGUCGAAGACAACAGGAGAGCGAGCCCUCGUGGAAGCCUCUCUAGGCGUACGUACAAGGGCCAAAACCCUAGCUUUGCGACGUCUCAAGAAAUCCGCGGCUGCACCGCUCUCUACGGCGGCAGCGGUGGCGGACUCCGAUGGGUCCUACCUUCAGCUCAGAAGUCGACGGCUAGAAAAACCCCAAAUCGUUGUGGCCAACAUCGAUGCAAAAAGACAGAGACAGCAUCCAAAACAGAGCAAUUUGCCAAACCCUAGGCAAGAAAAGGUAAACCAAAACCCUAGUUCUAAAACGAGUUCGAGGUUGAGAGUUGGGUCUUCUGCCAAUUCUGGGUCUUUUGGCGAAGAAAAUGGUUGCAUGCAGGCGGAGGACAAGAUGGUGGGUAAAGAGGAGGGUUGUUUGGAUACAGAUAAUCAAGAAAUUGACAACAAAGAAGAGAGUGGUGAUAGGGUUCUUGAAGCGUCUUUCGGAGAGAAUAUGUUCGAAUUUGAAGGUAGAGAGAGGAGCGCUAGGGAGACCACACCAUUUAGUUUGAUAAGGGAUCCAGACAACAUCAGAACUCUUGGUUCUACUACUAGUCCUACCAGUUCAACUGAGGCUAAUGGUAUAAUUCAAAAUUCAAUGGAAAGACACAUUCCAAUGGCACUUGAAAUGGAAGAGUUUUUUGCUGGUGCAGAAAAAGAGCAGCAAAGACAAUUUGUUGAGAAGUACACCACAUCACCAUAUGUUUUUUUGUGUUUGGUUCUUUCCCUUGUGACAUACUAACUGCAAAUGCCAUUUACCACCUUGUGGUAAUAUAAUCUUUCCCACUGAAUAUUUGUUGCAGGUACAACUUUGAUCUCGUGAACGAGAAACCCCUUCUGGGCCGUUAUGAAUGGGUAAAGAUGGAGCCUUGAAAGAUGUUAGUGUUUCAUCAUGACUUACUUUUCCUACAAAUGCUCAGUUCAUCUCAAGCUUGGGAUAGUUUAGAACAGUUGUGGGAAUUGCUUUUAGUUUUCAUGGUGGUGGUAUAUUUCCAUUUUCCGCCACCCUUCUUUUACUUGUAGAGAAAAGUAGGGCUUUCAACUAGAGUAGAUUUUAGACCAAUGAUCUGUAACAUAACAAAGCUUGAAAAUUAACAGCAAAUAUAACCAGACCCUUUGUCUAACAGAUCAUUUGAGAGGGAAAGGGUAAAUAGUAUGAUAGUUUGGGGGUUCAAUGAUUUAGGUUAGUGCAAGUAGUACAGAAAGUUAACUAGAUAUCUGUUGAUAUUUUGUACUGAUGGAACUUCAAGAAUCAAGAACCCUUCUGAAUAAACAUUACCCAUUUCCCCCUCUUAAUGUUC